AAAAAAUAGAAAGAAGAAAAGAAGAGAAGUCUUCUUUUCCAGUUCCAAGAAAAAAAUGCAGAGCAUUGACGAGGAUUACAAUCUGUAUUGGGAAACUAAGAUGUUCUUACAGAAUGAAGAAUUUGACAGUUGGGGAUUCGACGAAGCGAUGUCCAGUUACUAUGAUUCAAGCUCUCCAGAUGGAACGGCGUCGGCGUCUUCGUCUUCGGCAAAGAAUAUUUUGUCGGAAAGGAAUCGGAGGAAGAAGCUCAAUGAGAGGCUCUUUGCCCUUAGAUCAGUUGUCCCCAACAUUAGUAAGAUGGACAAGGCAUCGAUAAUUAAAGACGCAAUCGGAUACAUUCAAGAACUGCAAGAACAAGAGAGGAGAAUCAAAGCUGAGAUAACAGAGCUUGAAUCAGGAAAAUUGAAGAAGAACUAUCACAGUACUGAUUCCGAAAUCCAAAAUUCUGUUCGUUCGAGAACGAAAAAGAAGAGAAUUGAUCAGAAUAAUGGCUCUGGAGGAUCAAGAAGUUCCUUAAUUGAGCUCUUGGAGCUAAGGGUUUCUUACAUUCGGGAGAGGACAUUGGUUGUGAGCUUAACGUGUGGGAAGAAAACAGAUACAAUUGUGAAGCUUUGUGAGGUUUUCGAGUCACUGAAGCUUAGAAUCAUAACAGCCACCAUCACUGCCUUUCCUGGUAGAUUCUUGAAGACGGUAGUCGUUGAGGCCGAUGAGGAGGAGAAAGAUCGCCUAAAGAUAAAGAUCGAAAUGGCCAUCGCAGCUCUUAGUGAACCACAAAGCCCUAUGAGUCUUUAGUG